AUGAAUCCUCGGACCGUGAGUUUGCCGGACCUGGUUUCGGAGAAGAAGAGGAACACUGCCCUGUCGCUCUCCGAGGGCUUCUCUGGAGCCAAACACACUGGCGCUUUGGCUGCCACGACGCAAACUAGUUGGCCAGGACGGCCUGGUAAAGAUCCAUAUGCAGGUGUUGUCAAGGAGAUCGAUUUGUCACGGAUGCCCUCCCUCGCUCAGAAAGAAGCAAAGAAUGAGGUGGAUGUGUUGAGAUGUUUGAAGCAUCCAAACAUUGUGGCAUAUUGCGAUUCUUUUUUGGAAGGCCGCAUGCUCUGCAUUGUUAUGGAGUUCGCAGACGGAGGCGACUUGAGCCAGCUCAUAAAGAGGAAGAAGUCUAUUUCUGAGAUCCUCCGUCAAAGUGAAGUGUUACCAAUCUUUGUUCAGUGUUGCUUGGCCCUGCACUACGUGCAUAAGCUACACAUCCUGCACCGAGAUAUCAAGUCACAAAACAUAUUUUUGACACUGUCUGGAGCUGUAAAGCUUGGAGACUUUGGCAUUGCCAAAGUAUUGGAUCACACAGCUGCAGAGGCAAUCACCAUGAUUGGAACUCCCAUCUACCUGGCGCCAGAAGUGUGCCACAGCAAGCCAUAUGGCACAAAGGCAGACGUGUGGUCCAUUGGCGUGGUUCUUUAUGAACUGCUAGCCUUGGCACCACCCUUCACAGGAACAAACAUGGCAGCGUUGAUGAAUAACAUUGUCACAGCUGCCCCCAAGGAGCUUCCUGACUUGUACAGUGGAGACCUGAGAGAUCUUGUGGUUGACAUCCUGCAGAAGCUGCCAGAGAUGAGACCAACAGUAACGCAGAUCUUGGAACGUGCCAUCAUCCGUGCGGUUGCAGAAACAUUGCCUGCGUGGCCUUUGUACCAAGAUCGUUGUGACCAAGAUUUGACCAUGCCUAAAUCUGACCGUGCACGAGAAGCCCCAGAAGUGGUGGAGGAGGGCAUCCCGAGGAAAGACGAAAUUCGAAGACGGCCACCCCUACCAGCACCAGAUUCUGCACGGGCUGCCAGUGAGUACAGACAGAACCGGGAAGCAGCACUUGCUGCGAAAGCCCGUGUUCUGGGCAGAAGUCAGAGGAGUCUAAGUGCAGAACCAGGCCCCACAUCUGCCGCAAGCGGUGCAAACAGUGCAUGUGAAAGAGCUGCAAGGGAGGCAGAACACCUGCUAGCCUUGCAGCAAGCAGCAGCACAGGCUCGCCGUGAUAGACAGCAGGUACAGCAACGUCUGCAAGCUGAAAAGGAAGCAAAUGCUGCUAGAUAUCAGCUGGAAACUCUAUGCGAGAGAACUGAUCAUCGUCCUGUUCCUCGCUCUGCAGAUCAUUUGGCAGACUUACACGAGGCAGCCGCCCAGGCUCGUAGAGAUCGACGCUAUGUGCAGCAAAAGCUUAAAGACCUGGAAAAGAACGCAGACAGUCAUCCCAUCUGGAAUCUGACUGAAGAUUUUCGUGAAAUUGCACAAGAUGGAGCGCCCGGCGACGGAAGAAGCCCGCGGCGGAGUGCUCGACAAGAAGAGGAGCACCUACUGGAAUUGCAGGAAGCACGAGCUCAAGCACGUCGAGAUCGUAAGAUGCUUGAUGCCAAGAGGAAAGCAUUGGAAGAUGCCAGCGAUUCUGGGUGGGAUCUUCCUGAAGAUUCAAGGCAUGCUCCGUGUCAAGGUAAAGCUUCAAACAGUCCGAGCCAAUGUGCCACUGCUGAAGCCAGACAUGUGCAAGCAUUGAAAGAAGCCUCCGCUGAGGCUCGGAGAGAAAGGAAGUUGCUACAGCAAAAGGCUCUGGAUGAUUUGCAUGGAAGUUAUGCAGAGAGACCAGUCUCUGGGGAAAGCGACUGCGCAAAACGAAUCCUGGCAGCCAAAGCCGAAGCACAGAGGCUGGAAGAAGAGCGACGCUAUCGUGAACUGAGAGAAGCAUCUGCUCAAGCUCGGAGAGAACGUAAAUUGCUGCAGCAGAAGGUCAGAGAGAUCGAGUGGGGGGAUGGGAAUUUUCAAGACUCGCCUUCGAGACACAGCAGCCCGAGCCAAGGGGAGCCCUCAAGGGACGAACAUUCGAAGUCACGGAGGCUUUCAACCCUUGGAUUUGCUGGCAGGCUGAGUCUUUCAAGGCCAGCUUCAGAGGAGAGAUCCUUUCAAUCCAUAGAGCGCACCUGUGCAGACCCGGAGAGGGCUCGAAUACCGAUGCAUGCAGUUCAUAUUGGCACUAGCCUGGCUCAAGCAGAAGACCUUGAGGAUCGGAGAGCUGCACACCGUGAUGAAACACUGGGGUCGCUGUCCUACUCGCUCACUGUCACUUUGCUUGAUCUUGAGAGGUGUCGGCAGCUUGUGCUGAACACCGAAAAAUCUGGCCAUCGAGUACCGCAAAAGAUGCAAAUGGAGCUUCGAGCCUUAGAAAAGUCUGUUGCUGGUGAGAUCCGAUCUUUGAACCCGCUUCUCUUCCAGCGUUUUGAUGAUGUCCAGCUAGACAGGCUGCUUCGCGCAAUGCCCUUUUUGAGGCUUUCCAUUGGCCGUUGGCUGUUUGGUUGCGAUCAGCUUGCAGCGGCAUGGCCAAAAGGCUCUAGAUCAUUUCUGCUCAUGGCAGGCAAGAUAAACCUGUUUCUGGAUCCCAAUGGUGUUGGUGAAAAGCACGAGCUCACCAAAGGGGCAAUCUUUGGCGAGAAGCACUUUAGAUUGGGUGAUGAGUCAAUGCUCGACAUGGUGGGCGGUGCUGCCCAGUGUGAGGAGGCUUGCAUCAUUGGAGUGACUUGA